UUCGACGCCGAGAUUGAAGGUUUUCGUCGGUGGUUUUCGUCUGGUAACAUUGCUCGCCGGAGGUUCCUGAAUCUGGGAAAAAACUCGAGGGAAUUCUUGCAGGUACCGUGGUUAUAAAUGUCUACUAUUGAAGAAUUGGAUAGAACACCGGUCUCUGUUACCGGAUCUUCUCCUGUAGUCAGUCCAGAAAAAUUCAUUAAAUGUUUGAAGAAGUUUUAUCACCACUGGAAGGAUCAUGAGACUGAUAUUUGGGGAUCUUCGUGUGCAAUUGCUGUUGCUACUCCUCCACCCUCUGAAGAUAUCCGAUAUCGGAAAUCAUUAGCCUUGAGCAUGUGGUUUUUUGGUCAUCAAUUCCCAGAAACUAUAAUGGUGUUUCUCAGCAGGCAGAUUCAUUUCCUGUGCAGGCAGAAAGAUAGUGAUGUGCUUAAUUCUUUGAAGAUGGCUGUUUCUGAAGCGGUUGGUGUUGAUAUCAUGUUGCAUAUACUGAGAAAGGGUGAUGAUGGGUCUGCCUUAAUGGAUGAGAUCAUAUGUGCUGUAUGUGCACAUUCUGAAUCAAACCAUGUUGUUGUUGGGCACUUAGCAAGAGAGAAGCCUGAAGGCAAGGUUCUUGAAGCAUGGUCUGGAAAGCUGCAUGGAUCAAGGUUAAAGCUUUUUGAUGUGUCAAGUGGCAUCUCUGAGCUUCUUGCUGUGAAAGAUUUCACCGAGAUCAUAUAUGUGAAAAAGGCUGCAUAUUUAGCUGCAUCAGUUAUGCGGAAGUAUGUAGUUCCAAAGGUGGAGAAGAUCAUAGUGGAUGAAAGGAAGGUAACACAUUCAAAGCUGAUGGUUCUGACUGAGAAGAUACUACUUUCCCCAAUAAAUAUAGAUGUUAAACUGAAGGCAGAAAAUGUUGACAUAUGCUACCCACCUAUUUUUCAAAGUGGAGGCAAGUAUGACCUUAGGCCUGCUGCUUUUAGCAAUGAUGAUGUUCUGUACUAUGAUUCUGGAAGUGUCAUUAUCUGCGCUUUGGGUGCUAAGUACAGUGGUUACUGCUCAAAUGUGGCAAGAACUUUCCUGAUUGAUUGUACUGCAGAAAAAUGUUAUGCAUAUAAGGUCCUCCGUCAAGCACAUGAUGCUGCUAUUGCUGCUUUGACACCAGGUAGCAUGGUUAGUUCCAGUUACCAGGCUGCAGUUUCUGUGGUCAGGGACAAAGCUCCUGAACUUCUUCCUUUCCUUACCAAGACAGCUGGAGCAGGAAUUGGUAUCGAGUUCCGCGAAACGUGGCUGUCCUUGACUGAGAAAAAUGACCGGACACUAAAGGAUGGGAUGAUCUUUAAUGUUUCUCUUGGUUUCCAAAACUUGGUAGACAAAACCAACAGUGACAAGACCAAAGAAUUCUCUCUAUGGCUGGCUGACACUGUUCUUAUCUGCAAGAAAAAUCCAGAAGUCUUGACAGCUUUUAUCUCCAAGGCUGAUGGUGAUGCCUUCUAUUCAUUUGAUGGGGAUAAUGCAGGAUUACCUUCUAUGAGACCAGCUCUGAAAGCAGAUGUUAUGGUCCCAGUUAAACCUAUGCCAAAACCAGAGUUGAUGCUUCCAUUGAGAGAAAAUUUGCGAUCCCGUAGCAGGACACCUAAGGAGGACCUUAGGAAACAGCUUCAGUCAGAAAUCUUCAAGAACAAAACUAAUGAAGCAGCAAUGAGAGGUGGUGCUGCUGAUCAUAAGUUACUGGAGGGACAUAGCCGUUCCAGAGCUAUGGAGGAACUGGUUGCAUACAGGAGUGCAGGUGACAUGUCUGGUUCCAAUCGACUGGAGAUUCAGGUGGACAAACAGAAUGAAGCUAUCCUGUUACCGAUAUAUGGAAUUACUGUUCCCUUUCAUGUUUGCACCGUAAAAAAAGUGGAAAUCCGUGGGGAUUGCAACAGAGGAGUUUAUGUCAGCAUUACAUUUAAUGUCCCUGGCACUACCGCUUCCAGUCUCCAUGCCACCCACUUGCAGAACCUUAUUUUCUUGAAAGCAGCCACCUUCCUUUCAAAAGAUAGAAGUCAUGCUGUUGAGGUUAUUAAAUCGGUGAAGAUUCUUCAAAAAGAAGUCAUUGAAAGAGCUAGAAGAGCGACCUUGGUUACUCAGGAAAGGCUUCAACUAUGUGAUGGAAUGAGGAGGGAUAGGAUUCAGUUUUCUGAUCUGUGGAUACGACCAUCAUUUGCUAGCCGUGGGCGGAAGUUCCCUGGAACCUUGGUGGCCCAUGUCAAUGGUUUUCAGUAUUCUGCAUCAAAAUCUGAAAAGGUGGAUAUUAUGUUCAACAACAUAAAGCAUGCCUUCUUCCAGCCAGCUGAGAGAGACAUGAUAACGCUGGUCCACUUCCAUCUGUACGAUGAGAUCAUGGUGGGCAACAAGAAGACUAGGGAUGUGCAGUUCUACAAUGAAGUGAUGGAUGUUGUGGAUGCAGUUGGUCUUAAACGCCGAUCAGCAUGGGAUCCGGAUGAGAUUGAGGAAGAGCAGCGUGAAAGGGCACGGAGGAAGGAAAUAAAUGGACAUUUUGAGCUGUUUGUGAAAAGGGUUGAUUCCGUGUGGUCCCAGCCAAGAUUGGACCAGCUCGGCUUACAUUUUGAAAGCCCAUCACAGAAGCUUGGCUUCAAUGGUGUCCAUGGCAGAACAACAUGUUUUAUCGUUCCUACUCCAAGUUGCCUAGUACAGCUUGUUGAAUCACCAUUCCUUGUAACUUCGUUGAGGGAGGUCGAGAUUGUAUGCUUGGAAAGGGUGGCCCUGGGGCAGAAAUCUUUCGACAUGGUAUUUGUGUUUCAAGAUUUAAAGCGAGAUGUUGUGCGCAUAGAGGUCAUUCCAAUGACAUCUAUUGAUAAGAUCAAAGAUUGGCUUAAUGAUAUCAACAUAAAGUACUAUGAAUCGAAACUGAACCUUAACUGGCGCAAGGUCCUGAAGACUCUGGACCAUCCAGAUUCUGACAAGAAUGACAGGUGGGAAUUCUUGAAUCCAGAUGCUAGUGACUCAGAUUUAGAGAAUACCGAGACAGAGGAUGAGAAGUACGAACCGUCUGAUUCAGAGUCGGGCUCAGAUUCUGAUGACGAAGACAGCGACAGCGAAUCAGUGGUGGAUUCUGGUGAGGAUGAGGUUCUCUUGGCUGGUUCAAAUGAUGAUGAUGAUGGUGCCGAGUCAUGGGAUGAGAUGGAGCGCAAGGCAAAGGAUGCUGACAUGGAGAUGGGCAGUGAAUCUGACAGUGAAGACGAGAGGCAGCGGCGGAGGGAGAAAGCAAAACGACAUUUGAAUCUUCAGCACUCAUCGGGUCUUCCCCAGAAGAGGCAGCGUGCCAACUGAAGGCAGUAGAAGUUGUGAUUUCGUGUGAAAAUAUUGCGAGUUUGAUCAAUGCUUUGCGCAUCUGUCGUGUCCAGUAGUCGUGUUGGCUUACUAUUAUAUUCUUGUACUAGGUGUCUUCUACCACUACUUACUCGAGUUAAUUUACACGAACUGUAUUCUUUUUCUGAUUGUUGGUCACAU